CCGUUUUUAAACGCCAAAUAUAUAAUUAGCUAAAGACCAAUCACUGACAAAAUCCUCCUAUUUGCACACAUUUUAUAGAAGAUCAUUUUCAGGAAAGGUCUAUACUUGGUUGUGCCUCGUAAUAGCUCUGAUUAGGUUUAUUAUGUUCAUUGCUGAAUGCUAGUGUUUGCAAACCCUGAAAAACUGUGUCAAUAAUAAAUUAAAGAAUAUAAUGCCACAAUAACAAAAUAAAACUUCAUUCAUGAUUCAACAGCCCCUGUUUACAAAAUCAUCUGGGUAUGCUAGAGCAAAAAAACAACAAAAUCGUUAAGAGGCACUUUGAAAGACUCAGACUGAACUUUGAACAACCUAAAACAUGAAUUAUGUUACCUAUUUCAGAGUAAGUUGAUUUUCAACCUACUGCUUAGUCCCUGGGAGUAAUCUCAAAACUAACAACACCUUUGGAUGGUAUAAUAUUUUUAUGCCAAAUGAGGUGAUGAAAGUUUAGUUCAUAUUAUUUCCGGACACAAUUAAUUAUAGCGUUGAGUGCCGUGCUCGGAUGCGACACAUCCAAAAUGAUAUCGGUUGGUAGUGGCAGAGGUCAACGGUGCGCGGUUUGUUUGGGGGCCGCCCGCCGGGUGCAGUGGGCGCACAACCCGGAUCUCGCGGUGCCCCGCUUCCCCUUCACUCAGCGGACUCGUGCGUGGAGGUGUGCAUGCGCUUGCGCCACAUGAUACGCUAGUCAAUAGUCUUGCCGCGAAGCACGCCGCGCUCGCACACGCGCGUGAUGCCAUGCGACGCGCGCACACAUUAAUACAAUAUUAUGUACGCGAUCGACAACUCCCAGAAAUAUGUGGAGUCAUCUCUUGGAUGGGGUGGCGAGCGCGGCGAAGACUCCAGCUAUGACUCGGAGUGUGAGGACGAGAGCGCUCACCGUGCGGCCUCCCGGACUCCCUCCGACACCCUCGCGGCGGAGUUCGCUGAAUACGUCACCCUGACACCGCCGCAACCUAGCCAGGCAAAGAUCGAGUUCGCAGUGAAGUUGGGUUACUCGGAGCGGUUGGCGCGGACGGCGCUGCAGAGACUGGGCCCGGACCCGCCGUGCAACGAGCUGCUGGCGGAGCUGAUCAAGCUCGCGGCCAAGCAGCCCCCCCGCGCGCCGUCGCCCGCGCCCCUCCCCGACCCCGAGCUGCCGCCCGAGCGCGCGCCGCUCCGACACAUCGUCAUAGACGGCAGCAAUGUCGCUAUGAGCCAUGGCAACAAGGAGGUGUUCUCGUGCCGCGGUAUCGAGAUCUGCGUGGAGUGGUUCCGCGCGCGCGGACACCGCGAGAUCACCGCCUUCGUGCCCAAGUGGCGCAAGGAGUCCUCGCGCCCCAACAACCCCAUCGCCGAGCGAGACGCGCUCGAGCGCCUCGAGCGAGACCGCGUGCUCGUCUACACGCCCAGCCGCCUGCUCGGCGGCAAGCGCCUCGUCUGCUACGACGACCGCUACAUCCUGCGCCUGGCAGCCGAGACCGACGGCAUCGUCGUCUCCAACGACAACUACCGCGACCUUGCCGCCGAGAACCCUGACUUCCGAAAGGUAGUCGAGGAGCGACUGCUUAUGUACUCGUUCGUCAACGACCGGUUUAUGCCACCCGACGACCCGCUCGGUCGGUCCGGUCCCACGCUCGACGCGUUCCUGCGAGCACCGGCGACGCGCGCCGACCCGCCGCCCGCGUGUCCGUACGGCCGCAAGUGCACGUACGGUAAUAAGUGUAAGUUCCACCACCCGGAGCGAGCCGGGCGGCCGCAGAAGUCCGUCGCGGAGAAACUGUCGGAGCGCGCCGCCAGGACGCUCCGCGAGCGCGACCUGCACACCAUGAGCCUGCCGCCCGGCGGCCGCCCCGCCGAUGUCAAGAAGCAGUUGGCUCGCGCGCAGUCCGCCGCGCCGCGACUCGCCGACGCCACGCUCGCCACGCACUUCGACCGCGCGCAGCUGCAGGUAGCCGGGCCGUCGCAGCCGCUGGCGUCGGCCGGGCCGCCGCCCGACGUCAACCCGCACCGCAAGCUGGCGCGCCAGCUCACUCUGAACCCGGCGUGCGACCCGCGCCUGCAGCAGCACGCGCUGGCGGCGCGCGUGGCCAGCGCGCCGGGCGGGGCGGUGGGCGCGGCGGGCGGGCUGGCUGCAGCCGGCGGGCUGGGUGCGGCGGGAGCACUAGCGCCGCUGGGAGCUCCGUGCGUGUCGGACGGCGCGCUGCAGCACUGGGACGCGCGGCGCCGCAUGCACUACCACCUGGCGGGCAUCUUCCCGGAGGCGCAGGUGGCGCAGGCGAUGGCGGCGUACCCCGAGGAGACGGACGCGCAGACCAUGUGCGCCAUCAUCCUGGCGCGCUACCGCCCCAGCGAGGCGCGCGUGCCGCACUGAACGCACGCACGAACGGAACUCCUCAACUUUCACUGCCAGUUUUUUGUAAAAACCGGAACAGUGGAGAUCUCUGAUCCUGACCGAUCGAGCUGAGACGGAUUCCAGAUAAAACGCGACGGCCCAGAAGAAAUGACAAUGAACACCGGAAAGCGGGCCGUCGCCGAACGAGACGAGCGUGGCGCUCACAUGUCACUGUCACUGAAAAAUAGGCAUUUAUUUUUGUACAUAUUCUAUGAUUUCUGACAUACGCUUCUGAGAAGUGUAUGCUGAUAUUUAAUAAUAAUUAUUAAAUAGUUUCUAGAGAUGUACAAAUACAUACUUUAUGUACAGUUGAAUAAUUUCUGUUUGACUAGAAUGGUAUUUUUUCCUUUUUAUUUUCAUUCCUGUAAUCUUCCAGUGAAUAAUUUCACAAUUUAUUAUAUAGUCUAUUAAAAAUGUUAUAUGUUGUUAAGGUAAGUUAAGACGACUUACUACAUAAUUUAAUACUAUGGAUUUAAAUAGCUAAAAAUGUGAUCAUAUUUAAAUCAUUAUUUGGUACCAUGUACCAAUUAUUAUUUUGAUACUUAUAUAGUUUAUGACAUUGUGCAUAAAUAUACAUAAUAUUCUUUACAAAGUUUAUUUAGAUAAAGUUAUGAUGAUUUUGUAUUAAAAUGCAUGUUAUCACAAUUUGUUGUCAUAUGAAUGUACUUAGAUUAAAUUGCACCAUGGUUAUGGCUACAUUCAAGUACUUGAGGGCACAUCUAGAACCUCUUGACAUUAUUGUUUACUAUCUUGUUUAGGUUAAGUUUAGGUAUAAGCAAUGGCCAGCUAUAAUUGACUAAUUUAGUCAUUAUUGUAGGUUUGACAUUGAACAAAUCUGUUGUUUGAUUUUUAUUAAAUUGAACUGUUAAAAACUUAAAUGCAAUGCAUAAAUUGAAAAUGUAAGAUACAUAUAUCUACUCUCCAUGCAAUACUUCAUAGAAUGAUAGUUGUUAGAUUUGUAUAGAUUCAUUUUAUGGAGUAUGGCAUGAUAUUAUAAUUAGUUAAUCAAAUUUCACCUGAAACCUUUGACUACAAAGGCUCAUAAGUACAUUUUGAUUACAAGUUAUGAAACAAACUAAAUGUGUGACUAGGUUGUUGUUAGGAAAAGGUUUAAGGUAAAAUUUGAUAGUAAUGAGAAGUGUUAAGGGAUUGCUUCAAUUUAUUUGCAUAACAUUAAAGGUCAUCCCAAACAUUUCUGAUUGCUGUAAUACAUUCCUUGUGGAAUGUUUAACAUUAUGUGUCUAUUGUGACAUUAUAGUUAUUAAUAUUAAAAUUAUAAAAUAAAUCAUCUCUUUUAUUAUUAGAA